UCGGGUGAAACGUUUCUGUCCGUGGCAAGUGCAUCGAGAAAACCGUUGUCCGCGGAGGAGUUGGCCGAACGGGCCAGGAAGAAACUUGAAGCAGACGCAACGCGCAUGUUGAAAGCUCAGGAAGCCAAAGCGAGACGUACUGCCGCCAAAUUAGAAAAACGCAAAGCAAAGUGGAAUGCGGUGGGAUAUCAAUCACGCUCGGUAUACGCGAAUGUGGAAUCCCCAGACGAGAACACUCCGGCUGAAGAUCCAACUGAAUGGACUACGGCAAUUGAUGACGCUGAUGUUGGUGGAUUGGUAGAAGAGAACACGUCAGGCUCAUGUCCACCGGGGAUCUACUACAAAUCGGGCGAUGCCGCGGAGCCGCUCACCAAGUUUGAUGCUUUGAAUGAGUCCAAUGGACAGUACACACCGGUAUUUGUUUGUGCUUGUGUUGACGAUAGCGGAGGUUGGGGUACUCGCGGUUUCUUUGGUGCGCUGAGUCGUCGCACCAACGUUCCCUCAAUGGUGUACGAGCUUGCCGGAACAAUGGAUGAUUUAGAACUUGGUCAGUGUCAUCUGGUGCCUGUGUUUGAUCCGUCCGAAGGCGAUGGCGAGCAGUCAGGUGUCAGUACGUUCGGGGAUUGGCUUCUGACCAGGGAUAGCAAUUCACCGGAUAAUCCAAUUCGUGCAAACUUCUGUGCUCUACUUGUGGCUCAGCAGCAUUCACGGCGAAGUCAGUCCAAGGGAGAUCCACCGGAUCUGCAACUGGAUGCCUUGGAUUCUGCUCUGUCCGCUUUGAGCAAAGCAUGUCGUGCAGUUAAGCAGUGUUCUGUUCAUCUACCGCGACUGGGCCACGGAACACAUGCAUUCACUUGGUAUAGCGUUGAACGCCUCCUACGCAAACAUCUGGUCGAACGAGGUCACGUGCCAGUCUAUGUGUAUCCUUGA